AUGAAACAAGAUCUAGUCAAUGAUGGAUUUCACAGAAAAAUGGUAUACGGCAUUACUAUAAUUGCCUCUUUCCGUGAUCAUCUACCAAGUUUGUGGCCAUACAAAGAUUGCUAUAUAUCACUUCACCAACCGCUACCAGCUGGUAUUUAUGCCAACCCAGAUGAACUAGAUGAUCUAAACAGAUCUCACAGAUUAUAUGCAGUAACUAAAAAGACCAAUGUCGAAUUGCCUACACAUCUUGCUGAGCCUAAUACGGCAUACGUCUUUCAAAAGAUAGAAGGUGCUUGGUUCGAAACAUGGCUACCGCUGCAUGCUAGGUAUCAUAAAGCCAAUUGGUUUGGUGGAUAUGUGGUAAACGAAAUAGAAAAACCCCAGAUGUACAUGCGCUGUCCAGAUCAUCAGUUGGAACAUUGCAUGAAUCCAAUGGUUCCCUACAAGUUUUUAUGUACAAUACAUUCCGAUGAGAAGUGCAUCUGGAAGAAAAUACCUUUUGUUGUUAGUACCAAAUCUCCUGUUUCAUGGCAGACACCCAUAGGAGAUCUUAACCAUUACUAUCCAGUAGCCAUAGUCACCACUACGGUCGUCAUCAUUGGCUCUAUAUAUCUAGUGUUCUCUAUAAAUAAAGCCAAAUGUUAUAUGUUAGACUAUGACUAUACAGACUGA